AUGGAAAACUACUUCAAAAACUAUCUCAUUUUUAUUUCCCUCGGCCAAGUUGGCGUUUGCUUGUCCGCCCUGAUCCUCUCCUGGCAGCUAUUCACCGAUAAUGCCUCACUAGAGAAUAUCCCCGCAAUGCUCGGUUACAUUUGCUCGAUCUUUGGUCUUGUUGCGGCGACUUGCACGAUCUACGGAAUCAAGAAUUCAAAGCCCGUCUGGCUCCUCAUUCACUGCGUCCUUGGAGUCAUCACAUUCACCCUCAUCCUCCCUACUCUUGGGGCUCAUCUUUACAUGCUGGCCGCCGCAGCUGAAGGAAAUCCCGCCCUACUUCCGCUCGAAACAAUGUCUACCGCCCGCUCAAACGCCUGGUCUCUUUCAACGAUGAUCAUAAUUCUAGCGCUGAUGAUUCUCCUCUUCAUCGCGACGAUUCUCAUGUCCUGGAUCGUUCAAGAACGACUGUACGAAGAGAAAGAGUGCAAAGAACGAAUUAUCCAGUACAUGGCUCGAGAAGACAAUUUAGAAACGAUCAGGCGAAAUUAUCAAGAGCUGAUCAUGACAAUUUCCGACAAAGGAACUGAACAGACUUAUCUUGUGUAA